AUGAGAUUUUUGGUAGCUUGCGAUGAUGGUGGUAGCAUAAAGGAAGUGAUAUGUAACCGCCAGACAAACACUUCAGUACAAACGGCGCUUCAACCAUUCCAUGUUGGAACGCAUCUCGCAGAAAGUUUAGAUCACCGUGUGGAGAUCAUGAAAUCAAUCUCAGAAGAUCGGCUUCUUGUGGCUAGGGCCAAUGGCUCAGUUCAACUGAUAAAGAGAAGUCAAUUGCCAAGGGACUCCGACGGUAAAAACCCAGACAUGGAGCCUGUCUUCACGGUAUCCGACCUAGAGGUGAUAUCGUCAAUACAGGGCCUUCUCGACGAUGAGCCUCUCCUGAACACCCAUAAACAAUCUAAGCGGAGGUCGAAAGCCAGGGACGGAUUCAUCUCGCUACAUGUGGUUCCUGGAAAACCUGAUCGCGUUUUGUGCGCAUCUAGGUCUGGACUUAUACAUGUGUUGGCCCUUGAGAAUGACAGCAUCCACCGCAUGUUAACCCAUACUGUCAAGGCGCCACUUGAAUUCGUACAAAUUUACGACAAUAAUGCAGUUGAGGGUAAGGCGAAACCCCAGACCAGCAUCACCAUAGGCUUUGGUGGAGAGGAAAACUUGGUCAAAUUAGCAAAGUUAUCCAGUGAUUUUGAAAACCUUGACGUUUUCUGGCAGGCGAAAAAUGUCUCCAAUGACAGACUUGACUUAAAAGUGCCCAUCUGGCCGAUGGAACUCAUAUUUCUAAAUUCUCUACCCAGUGCAGAGGAGGAAGGUGAAAAUUACCAAUUUCUAACGAUAAGCCACCUCGGGCACUUCCGCAGAUACCAAACUGCCCGAGGCCGCAAACCAAUGUCAUCCUUACCUCUCUUACCAAAAAAUGAGAUCGCUUCUCAGAUCAAGAUCAUAAAUCGCUCAUUAACAUCAUCCGGUAACGUUAUUGCAGCCAAUUUUGAGGAAUUGAAAUUUCUGGUCACAGAUUCCAAAAAGAACAUCAUUUUAUUUGAUACUUCUGGUAACGUCAUAGGCAAGUAUGGUAACGGGGAUAUCACUGGCUUUGCUUCAUUCGUUGAUGUGAUCGAACAACGCUUUGUAUUGCAAGGUGGUUUUGAUAGAUAUGCUCGCAUUUUUGAUGCCGAGUCUCGAAAUGUGCUUUGUAAGUGCUACGUCGGAGCCAAAGUGAGCUCCAUUGUACUAUUAGACGACAAAGAGAUUGACAUUCCUCAACUAGAGACCAAGACGAAGAAACGCAAAACCAGAAACACGGACGAUGCGGCAGAUGCUGAGGAAGACGAAGAGCUUUGGAACAGUUUGGAAAAGUCGAGCAAGAAAAAUAAAGUUGACUGA